AUGCGUGAGGUUGCUUUCACCCUGAUCCGUGAGCUUCUCCUGCUACACGGACCGACCAUGGCUAAAGUGUCCGUUGGCACUUUGGAUCGCGUCAUCCAGGCUUGCUGCCAAGACCUUCUUGGAGCUUGCGGCCUGGGCCAAACCGAUAGCCGCAAAGAUGCGGUGGCAGAGAACGGGACCAAAAACAAAGGUGCUUCAUCAAACGCCGAUGCGUACCUUGCAUCUCAAGAGAAGAAGCGCUCAGCGCCUCGAGUUCUGGCUCCGGCGCACAUGGCUGCGGCAGAGUCACUUCUCCCGGUCCUGUUCUCUCACGUUCCCCAGCAGCAUCUCAAGCAGAAUCUGCGCGGGCUCCUCGACCGUACGGCCAUCCUCACCAGGAACAAGCGUGCUAUGGUGGCCAGCGUGUUGCAUCCUUUCAGGGGCAAGAACGGCAAGCCACUACCUAGCAUCCUGCCUUUCCUCGUGAGGCAAUUUCCCCGUGACCAGGAGGUCGAGGUCCUGCGUAGUAACCUACGCUUAGAAGCGCAGACGCUAGGCGAUGGUUUUGGGCCAGGCGACAGCGUCAGUGUGUAUGAAGCUGCCGAUGUGGAGGAUGGCGAGAAGGCAUCCCAUGCCCAAUCUAACAAUGGAUGGGGCCAGUCACGAUCAACAGAAGCAGAGUCAGGAUUUGGAAUGAAAGACGAUCAGCAGAAGGCGUCAGAUGAGGGCUUCUAUGCCUUCAAGACCGCCGAGACUGUAGUCACGACACAGGAGCAGGCCGCUGAGGAUGGUGACCAUGUAAUGCUAUCCAGUGUACUCAAGCGAAAGAGCGUAGAAGUGGAGGAGCCAGCAUUUGCGAAGCGGGUCGAUACAGGCAAGAUGUCAGAGCAGCAGUCAAUACCUGUGUCUACCAAAAUGGACGUGGAUGAGGACAGCGAUAGUGAGGGGAGCGUUCAGCUCGACAUGACUCUAGAUGAUUUCGCAGAUGACAGCGAGUAG